AUGGCCCACUCUGAGCCCAUCCACUACUGGGAGAAGGACAAGCAGAACGAGACGGAGAAGGUGAAGGUGCUGUUUGUUCCGGACACUUCCGUGCGUCUGAAGAACCUCACGGCCUACACCUCCUACCAGGUGAAGCUGUCGGCGUUCAACGCGGCGGGGGACGGCCCCAUGAGCGUGCCCCGGAAAGGGCGCACCCUACAGGCCGCUCCCGGUGUUCCGAGCUUCCUGGCGUUCUCCGAGGUGACGGGCAGUGCGCUCAACGUGUCGUGGGGUUCGCCGCUACAGCCCAACGGCGUGGUGGAGGGAUACCGCGUCGUCUACCAGCCCACCGCGCCCGUCCAAGGUGUGAGUAAGGUGGUGACGGUGGAGGUGCGGGGGAACUGGCAGCGCUGGCUGAAGGUGCGUGACCUGAGCCACGCCGUCACCUACACCUUCCGCGUGCAGGCCCGCACCGUCAGCUACGGCCCCGAGCUGGAGGCCAACGUCACCGCCGGACCAGUGGACGGGUCUCCUGGAGCGCCCUUACAGACAUCAAUCACCAAGUCCUCCUCAGCCUUGACACUCCAUUGGUCAGAGGGCAAUGAGGGGGCGGGACCGGUCACAGGCUACGUGAUCGAGGCUCGUCCAUCAGAUGAGGGAUUGUGGGACACGUUUGUGAAGCAGCUCCCCCCCAGCAGCACGUCUCACUCCAUCAGUGUGGAGCGCCUGCGGCCCGCCGUCAGCUACGAGUUCCGCGUCAUCGCCGUCAAUCGCUACGGCUACGGAGACCCCAGCCCCGCCUCCGCCGCCAUGUCCGCUCUGUCAGAGAGGCCGUUCUAUGAGGAGUGGUGGUUCCUGGUCGUCAUGGCGCUGUGCAGCCUCAUUCUGAUCCUGCUGGUGGUGUUUGGCCUGCUCCUGCAUGGACAGAACAGGAAGUACCGCAGCUGUGGAACAGGGAAGCACAUCUCCACCGUCGAAGAGGCGGUCACCCUCGACAACGGAGGCUUCACAGCGCUGGAGCUGAACAGCAGGCACCUGAACAUGAAGAGCUCCUUCCUGAAGAAGAACGGCACCAGGUCCCCUCCUCGGCCCAGCCCCGGGGGGCUCCACUACUCUGACGAGGACCUGUGCAACAACUACAACGGUGCCGUCCUCACAGAGAGCACCACGCUCACAGAGAAGGCUGGAGACCUGUCCGGGUCAGAGAUGACGGACAGCGACUACGAGGACGAGGCGCCCAAGCACUCCUUCGUCAACCACUACAUGAGCGACCCCACCUACUACAACUCGUGGAAGCGGCAGCCCAAGGGCCUGAAGACGGCCUCGUCCGCGCUGCUGGGGGGCGUGGUGAGCGCGCCCACGCCGCCGUUCGGCUACGAGGAGCGGGAGCGGCGCGGCAGCGGGAGCAACAACGGGAACGGCAGCGGGGCGAUCAUCGGCAGCAACGGCAGCAACGGCGGCGGCGGCGGGGGCGGCAGCGACGGGUACUACCAGACGGUGGUGACCCAGCACAGCGCGGGCGGCGUCUACACGCCGGGAGGCCAGCCGGCGGCCGCGGGCACGCGCACGCCCGUCACGGGCUUCUCGUCUUUCGUCUGA